UCUUUGAAAGUAUAAUCAGAUCUUCUGUUCCACGGUUGCAUCUUACUUCGUUCGACCAAGAUCCUCCGAUCCGAUUCCAUUUUCGGAGCCCUGAAUUUGUUGUUCAGCUCUCAAAUCCAUCGAAUCUGCAGUGAAGUUCGCAGUGAAAUUUUCGCUUGGUGUACACGUUCAUACGCGCACGGUACUCGAAGAUGUAUAUGGCGUAUGGAUGGCCGCAGGUCAUCCCUCUGGAAUCACCGAGCUGCCCAUCCACGCAGCAGAUCGUGUAUCUGAAAGUCGUCAAUCGUGUGCUCCUUGUCGUGGCUCCCACUCACCUCGAGCUCUGGUCUUCUUCUCAGCAUAGAGUGAGAUUGGGGAAGUACAAGAGAAAUGUCGAUUCGAUUAGGAGCGAGGGGGAGAAUUUACAUGCGAUUUGGAGCCCCGACACAAAGCUCAUUGCUGUUCUUACAACAUCCUUCUACCUUCAUAUUUUUAAAGUUCAAUUCACUGAAAAGAAUAUACAUAUUGGUGGGAAGCAACCAACUGGUCUAUCCUUCGCGAACAUAACUCUACUGCUGAGUGAGCAAGUCCCAUUUGCAAAUGAUAGUUUGACAGUGAGCAACUUCAUUUGUGAUAACAAACACAUGCUAAUUGGACUCUCUGACGGAUCACUGUAUAAUAUAUCUUGGAAGGGUGAGUUUUUUGGUGCAUUUUUUCUUGAUCGGAGGCAGAGUGACAACAUUGGUACUCAUAAAUAUCCUCAUCACCUGAGCAAUGGUGUGGCUUCUUGCACAACAAAAGGUAUUGAUGGGUCCAACCAUACGAAUGAUGCUCACAUUCGGGCUUCAGCAGUUGUCCAUCUUGAAUUUUCGAUUCUGUUGCGGUUGCUUUUUGUGCUUUUUUCUGAUGGAGAACUCAUCCAGUGUUCUGUGAGCAAGAAAGGUCUAAAGUACACUGAAUCGAUUAUUGUUGAAAGAAAGCUGGCUUCUACGGAUGUUGUAUGUGCAUCAGUGGCCCCAGAUCAACAGAUUCUUGCUGUUGGAACCCAGAAAGGUGCUGUUGAGCUAUAUGACCUUGUGGAUUCUGGGGGGCUUAUUCGCACUGUAUCAUUGCAUGAUUGGGGAUAUUCUGUGGAAGAUACUGGUGCUGUCAACUAUAUUGCUUGGACGCCAGAUAAUUCUGCUUUUGCAGUUGGAUUGAAGUUAAGAGGGCUUACAGUAUGGUCCGUUUCUGGCUGUCGCUUGAUGUCUACAAUUCGCCAGAUAGGUUUGAGUUCUGUUUCUUCUCCUGUGGGUAAGCCAAACCCGGAUAUCAAGUAUGAGCCCAUGAUGGGUGGUGCCUCACUGUUACACUGGGAUGAGUAUGGAUACAGGCUUUAUGCUAUUGAAGAAGGAUCUUCUGAGAGAAUUAUUUCCUUUUCUUUUGGAAAAUGCUGUCUCAAUAGAGGUGUUUCUGGUACAACCUAUGUACGCCAAGUUAUCUAUGGCGAAGACCGUUUACUUAUUGUACAGUCAGAAGAUACUGAUGAACUGAAGAUCUUGCACCUCAAUCUUCCAGUAUCUUAUAUAUCCCAAAACUGGCCUAUUCUGCAUGUUGCUGCUAGUAGGGAUGGAAUGUAUCUGGCAGUUGCUGGGCGUCAUGGUUUAAUCUUAUACGACAUAAGGUUGAAGCGUUGGAGAGUGUUUGGAGAUGUCACUCAGGAACAACAAAUCCAGUGCAGGGGAUUGUUGUGGCUGGGGAAAAUUGUGGUGGUGUGCAAUUAUGUGGAUUCUUCUGACGCAUAUGAAUUGCUUUUCUAUCCAAGAUAUCAUCUUGAUCAAAGUUCUUUACUUUGUCGGAAGCCGCUAGUCACAAAGCCAAUGGUCAUGGAUGUUUAUCAGGACUAUCUGCUAGUAACUUAUCGGCCAUUUGAUGUCCACAUAUACCAUGUGAAAAUAACUGGUGAAUUGUCUCCUUCGAGUGCUCCAGAUUUACAGCUUUCUACAGUACGAGAGCUUUCAAUCAUGACGGCAAAGAGCCACCCAGCUUCGAUGCGUUUUAUCCCUGAUCAGCUUCAACAGGAACGCAAGCUGAAGAGUGAUCUUUCUUCAACAUCUAUUUUGUUAAACCGAGAACCUGCUCGGUGCUUAAUAUUGCGGAUGAACGGAGAGCUUUCACUCCUUGAUUUGGAUGAUGGGCGUGAAAGGGAGCUUACUGACUCUGUGGAGUUAUUCUGGGUUACAUGUGGUCAGUCAGAGGAGAAAACAAGUUUGAUUGAGGAGGUUUCCUGGUUAGACUAUGGCCAUCGAGGGAUGCAGGUAUGGUAUCCAUCCCCAGGUGUUGAUUCAUUUAAGCAGGAAGAUUUUUUACAGUUGGAUCCAGAGCUUGAAUUCGACCGUGAGGUGUAUCCCCUUGGUCUGCUUCCAAAUGCUGGUGUAGUAGUUGGUGUUUCCCAAAGAUUGUCAUUUUCGGCAUGUACGGAAUUCCCAUGUUUUGAGCCUUCUCCUCAAGCACAGACUAUAUUACAUUGCCUUCUUCGGCAUCUUCUCCAGAGGGACAAGAGGGAAGAAGCUCUACGGUUGGCACAAUUAUCUGCAGAGAAGCCGCACUUUUCUCAUUGCAUGGAGUGGCUUCUGUUUACAGUUUUCGAUGCUGAAAUUUCAAGCCAAAGUUCAAGCAAAAACCAGGCAGCAGUAGCUAAUCAUGGAACCUCUCUGUUGGAUAAGACGUGUGAUCUAAUCAGAAACUUUCCUGAGUAUUACGAUGUAGUUGUUAGUGUGGCAAGGAAAACUGAUGGCCGGCAUUGGGCAGAUUUAUUUUCUGCUGCAGGGAGAUCAACAGAGUUGUUUGAAGAGUGUUUCCAGCAAAGAUGGUACCAAACUGCAGCCUGCUAUAUACUUGUCAUUGCUAAGCUUGAAGGUCCGGCUGUGAGUCAAUAUUGUGCCCUUCGUUUGUUACAGGCUACUCUAGAUGAGUCUCUAUACGAACUUGCUGGAGAGCUGGUGAGAUUUCUUCUAAGAUCUGGAAGAGAGUACGAACCCGCCAACACAGAUUCUGAGAGAGACUCCCCUAGAUUCUUGGGAUAUUUUAUUUUUCCUUCCAGCUUUAGGAAACAACCCCAGGAUGCAAAAAGCCCCUCGUUCAAAGAGCAGAGUGCACAUAUUACAUCAGUAAAAAAUAUAUUAGAAAACCAUGCCAGCUAUUUGAUGUCUGGGAAGGAGCUUUCCAAGCUUGUAGCAUUUGUCAAAGGCACACAAUUUGAUUUGGCGGAAUAUCUUCAGCGGGAACAGUUUGGAAGUGCUCGAUUGGAGAAUUUUGCAUCGGGGCUUGAAAUGAUUGGGCAGAAGCUUCAUAUGGGAACAUUGCAAAGUCGUUUGGACGCAGAGUUUCUCUUGGCUCAUAUGUGCUCAGUCAAGUUUAAGGAAUGGAUAGUUGUCUUGGCGACACUUCUGAGGCGCUCAGAGGUCCUUUUCGAUUUAUUCAGGCAUGAUUUACGACUAUGGAAAGCAUACAGCAUCACCAUACAAGCACACGAAGCCUUUGCCGAAUACCAUGACUUGCUCAAAGAGUUGGAAGAAAAGCUUUCGUCUCUUAAUGCAGGAUGAACCUGAGUAUUGCCUCUUGUUCACCUUCGAAUUUGUCAUAGGCAAGCUCGAAAUUCUGGAGCCAGAUAAGUAUUUGUUGCUGUGUGUUUAGGCAAAACUUUGUUUUGUUCUUUAAGAAUCACAUCAAGUUGUUUUUUUUUUUUUUUGGAAUUUAGAUUUAGGUUAAUGGUAAAAAUAGAUGUGCAUAUAUAUAUAUAUAUAUCUAUAAUAAAUGUGUUUGCUCUAGUUAUUAUCUUUUGACCAAAAAAUAUAUAUACAAAAGUUGUUGAGAGCAAUUUAUGUAAUGAUUAAUUUGUUUUGCAUUUUGUUAGUGAUUUGAUGGAUGGAUGCGGGUGUGUUUGUUUGGGGAUUUAGAUUUUGAAUUGAGAUUUAAAUAAUAAAAAUUUUGAAUUUGAAUAGUUGUAUGAUGUGAUAUAAAUAAGUGUC